GUCGGUUCGCUUGCUGUGAAGUACCAUGGGUCUCAUGGAGACCACGCCGAAGACCAGAAGGCGAAACAUCGCCUCUUGGGCGAAUGGAAGGCCGAAAUGACGAGACGAGAGCUGGGUGUACGGUUUCUGGAUGAAAUUCCAGACGAACAGCGGGAAGACGCAAUCUUAGAAGCUCAAACUUGUAAGAAAGAGGAAAUGGGCGAAGAAAGGUGGAACUUACUGAACGAGCAAGAGACCUUGAAGGAGCUCGUGGACUUCUUUGCUGACGAGGCGUUUCUUCAGCUCACUGAGGACGAGCGUCGCCGCUUGAAGCUCUGGAUAUGGACAGGGUGCGAUAUGCACAAAGAUCUGAAUGCGGUGAAGGGCGGGGACUCAGCAAUGAGAGAGAAAUGGAAAGAAAUGAAAGACUCACCAGUCAUUUUGGCAAAUCGGGAUAACGCUGCAGUGUUAUCAGUAUUUGAAGGUGCUCCAGAAGCUCCAGAUGGCUUAGAAGACGACGAGGAGGGUAUCCGAGAGGAAAAUCCGGCCGAAAAGCGAGCGCGUGAGGUAUCGAGUGCAGGAGCCGGACUACGCAAUGGGAAAGCUUGGACCGGCAGAGACGUCAACCAACCUGGACUUUUACGUUGGGUAUAUGCACUAUCUUCGGCUGAGAAAGACGUCCCGGUCCCUGAAUAA